AUGGGACUGAAAAAAGAAAACACCAUCAUGAUGAGGAGAAUGUCAAAUCCACCACCGGUGUAAAGGAAACAAAAAACCCCUCAGUUUCAACUCAGGAAGAGGAUGAAUUGUUGUGUCCGAGCUGGAUUUGAGGCAUCAGGAAGGGCACCGGCGCGUUGCUAAAUGGAGUCGGAGCAGCUCUACCACAGAGGCUACUGCAGGAACAGCUACAACAGCAUCGCCAGCGCCAGCAGCGACGAGGAGCUGCUGGAUGGAGCCGGCGUCAUCAUGGACUUUCACACCACCGAGGACGACAACCUGCUGGAUGGGGACGCUGCCUCCCCAGGGUCUAACUACGCCAUGUCUAACGGGGGCGGGGCACCAAGCAGCACCACCCACCUGUUGGACUUCCUAGAGGAGCCCAUCCCUGGUGUGGGGACCUACGACGACUUCCACACCAUCGACUGGGUCCGCGAGAAGUGCAAGGACCGCGAGAGGCACCGGAAGAUCAACAGCAAGAAAAAGGAGUCAGCAUGGGAGUUCACAAAGAGCCUGUACGACGCCUGGUCUGGGUGGCUGGUGGUGACGCUCACUGGCCUGGCCUCAGGUGCUUUGGCUGGCCUGAUUGACAUUGCUGCUGACUGGAUGAACGACCUGAAGGAGGGCGUGUGUCUGAGCGCCAUGUGGUUCAACCACGAGCAGUGCUGCUGGACGUCCAAUGAGACCACCUUCGCUGAGCGGGACAAGUGUCCUCAGUGGAAGAGCUGGGCUGAGCUAAUACUGGGGCAGGCUGAGGGCCCCGGCUCGUACAUCAUGAACUACUUCAUGUACAUCUACUGGGCUCUGUCCUUCGCCUUCCUGGCAGUCUGUCUGGUCAAGGUGUUUGCUCCGUACGCCUGCGGCUCGGGGAUCCCUGAGAUCAAAACUAUCCUGAGUGGGUUCAUCAUCCGGGGCUACUUGGGCAAGUGGACCCUGAUGAUCAAGACCAUCACUCUGGUGCUGGCUGUGGCGUCUGGCCUCAGCCUGGGGAAGGAGGGCCCCCUGGUCCACGUGGCCUGCUGCUGUGGGAACAUCUUCUCCUACCUCUUCCCCAAGUACAGCAAGAACGAGGCCAAGAAACGAGAGGUUCUCUCUGCGGCGUCGGCGGCCGGAGUGUCUGUUGCUUUUGGAGCCCCAAUUGGAGGAGUGCUCUUCAGCUUGGAGGAGGUGAGCUACUACUUCCCUCUCAAGACGCUGUGGCGCUCCUUCUUUGCUGCCCUGGUGGCAGCCUUCGUCCUGCGCUCCAUCAACCCGUUUGGUAACAGCCGCCUGGUGCUGUUCUACGUGGAGUACCACACGCCGUGGUACCUGUUUGAGCUCAUCCCUUUCAUCCUUUUGGGAGUUUUCGGAGGCCUCUGGGGAGCCUUCUUCAUCCGAGCCAACAUCGCUUGGUGCCGGCGGCGCAAAUCGACACGCUUCGGCAAGUACCCGGUGUUGGAGGUGAUCUUGGUGGCGGCCAUCACAGCUGUGGUUGCUUUCCCGAACCCGUACACGCGUCAGAACACCAGCGAGCUGAUAAAGGAGCUGUUCACCGACUGCGGUCCGCUGGAGUCCUCGCAGCUCUGUCAGUACCGCAGCCAGAUGAACGGCAGCAAGGCCUUCAGCGACAACCCCAACCGGCCGGCAGGGCCCGGCGUCUACGCCGCCAUGUGGCAACUCUGCCUGGCGCUCAUCUUUAAAAUCAUCAUGACCAUAUUUACCUUCGGACUCAAGGUACCGUCUGGUUUGUUCAUCCCCAGCAUGGCCAUCGGAGCGAUCGCAGGGCGAAUCGUCGGCAUCGCCAUGGAGCAGCUCGCCUAUUAUCACCACGACUGGUUCUUGUUCAAAGAGUGGUGCGAGGUGGGAGCCGAUUGCAUCACGCCAGGGCUCUACGCCAUGGUGGGGGCCGCAGCGUGUCUGGGUGGCGUGACCCGUAUGACCGUCUCCCUGGUCGUCAUCGUUUUCGAGCUGACCGGUGGGUUGGAGUACAUCGUCCCCCUCAUGGCUGCCGUCAUGACCAGCAAGUGGGUGGGCGACGCGUUUGGCCGCGAGGGAAUCUAUGAGGCCCACAUCCGCCUGAACGGUUACCCCUUCCUGGACGCCAAGGAGGAAUUCACACACACCACGCUGGCCAGGGAGGUGAUGAGGCCGCGGCGCAGUGACCCGCCGUUAGCGGUGCUGACGCAGGACGACCUGACGGUGGAAGAGCUGCAGGCCACCAUCAAUGAAACCAGUUAUAAUGGUUUCCCUGUAAUAGUGUCCAAGGAGUCCCAGAGGCUGGUGGGAUUCGCUCUGCGCAGGGACAUCACUAUCGCUAUAGAAAAUGCUCGCCGAAAGCAGGAGGGCAUCAUGCUGAACUCCAGGGUGUACUUCACCCAGCACGCACCCACCCUGCCUGCCGACAGCCCCCGGCCCCUCAAACUGCGCUCCAUCCUGGACAUGAGCCCUUUCACCGUCACCGACCACACCCCCAUGGAGAUCGUGGUGGACAUCUUCAGAAAGCUGGGGCUGCGCCAGUGCCUGGUCACUCACAACGGGAUUGUGUUGGGCAUCAUCACAAAGAAGAAUAUAUUAGAGCAUCUGGAGGAGCUCAAGCAGCACACGGAGCCCCUGAUUGACGACAUCUGACCCGUCUCCUUAACAACCACUUGGCGAGUAGCUAGCCGCCUUGGGAAAGCGGACCACCAUUCAUUUUAAUAUUUUUAUUCUUUAGAUCUGUUAGUAGAAGGGGGAGGGAGAGGAUAUUGUAGUGAUACGAUUCAUUCCCACACUUCCCUCAUUCUUUAGUGGUAGUGAAUGCUGUGCUGGAGUGACGUUGUUGUGUUGAUUGGUGCUAGUAGUGCUGUAGUAGCCUAUAGAUAGUCAGCGUGUGGUGAUCAAAUGACCUUGAUGAAGCAAUAACUGAUCCUGCGCUUUUAACCUACCAAUGUUUUUCUCUCAGCCAGCUGUGUCCUGUUGUGUCAGUUAUAUUCUUAAAAAAAGAAAAUGGGUGGAAAAAGUCACACUCAGUGAACAAAGAGGCUCUUUGAACAGAUUUAUGUUCAACUGGAAACCUUGUUUGUAGUCGUGAGAACAAAUGAGCCCAUUAACAUUAUGAUAAAAGAUCUUUUAUAUUAAUAUUGGCACGAGUAACGCAUUUCACUGAGUGCUUCAUCGGGCUCCACAACAAGCCAAGGUUGCACAUUAAUACACGAGCACAGUACAUGUGCUAAUGACAGAUGGUUCCCAUGGGACGUUAAAACAGGUUUAAAUUUAGACAAAUCAUCAUCGUCGAUAUGUCUCUGUGUGGUGACACAGCCUGUAAAGCAGCUGACAGGUGAGGUUGAACAAAUACAGAAUGAAGAGAUUGGAAAAGAAAACAUCCAAAAUAUAUGAGAAUUAGACAAAAAACUAACUUUUUAGAGGCAUUUGGCAAAAAAAAACCAGCAAAAAUCUGAGAAACAUAACCAACUAUACAAUUUAUAACUUUGGUUAUAAAGUUUAGGAACUAUUUUUUUUUUGUUUUUCUAUUACAUUCUUUACACCAAAGGCCAAAACAAACCAACACAUAUACUGAAUUAAUCCAUUUACACCUGUUUUCGGAUGGUUGCUGAGUCAUUCUGGGAAAUGUAGGAAAUCUUUAGCUGCAGUACAGAUUGACUCUUAGCUCUUAAAUGUAAAUUAAAAGAAACAUUUAUCUUCAAUAUGUCUUAUAUUUGGACUUUUUUUGACCUGUGAAUAA